GUUUGGACUGUUGACCUGCCCCUGAGAGGUGCGGCUCUCACUGUCCGCUGUCGGAUUACUCAUUACAGACAACCUUCAGACUCAUAAGCACAUAAAACACAACCUUCUGUUGUCGCUGUGUGCGCAGAAAACACGACGUGACAUGUGAGAAAAAUGACGUUUGUUUUAACGUCCACCUGCUCAUAGAGGAAAGUGAGAUGGCAACCAGCGAGCUGUCAGCAUGGGGCGGCUGGUGCACGCCACAGUUAAACAUCAUCCUUCUUGGAGGCAGAAACUCUGGAAAGAGCUCUGUGGGGAACCUGCUCCUGGGCAAAGAGGAGUUUGUCCCCAAAGAGAGGACGCUGUGCUCCUGCAGGACGAGUGUGGUGGCCGGACGGCGACUCACGGUGGUGGACACUCCCGGCUGGUGGUGCGACUUCGGCGCUCAGGACACAUCUGAGCUGGUGAAGAGGGAGAUCAGAAGCAGCGUCUCUCUGUGCUCACCAGGCCCACACGUGUUUCUCAUCGCAGUCAAGGUGAGCUCGGCCUUCUCGGAGAAGCGUCGCAGGGCGGUGGAGGAGCAUGUGGCCCUGCUGGGUGAGGCGGUGUGGAGUCACUGCAUGGUGGUCUUCACCCGUCCUGACAGGCCUAAACACACAGACGAAGACGAGCUCGGCCAGUCGAAGGCUCUGCGCUGGCUCGCUGAGAAGUGCGGCCAGAGGUGUCACACUGUUGUCUUGAGUGAUGACACCAAAGUCACCGGGCUGCUGGAGAAGAUCCAGGAAGCUGUGGCAGAAAGUGGAAACAGGGCGUUCGAGAUGCAGGAAAGCAUUUUACAGGCGAAUGCAGAGCAGAAGAGAAGAGCAGAGGAGAGGGCUCAGCAAAGGCUCAUGAGGAUGAAGAAACACAGGUCUCUCAUGAGAGAAAGGUUGCGGCCCAUCACUGAUAUCCGCAUUGUGUUGUUGGGAGCAAAGGGUUCUGGGAAAACUUCCACACUGAACACAAUCCUGGGCAGAGAGAGCAGCCGUCAGCCGAGGAGAACAGCCCAGUGUGUGGUUGGCAAAGCGCUGGUGUUUGGGAGGCAGCUGACUGUGGUGGACACACCGGGCUGGUGGAUGAACUACUUCUGUGACGAGAGUCCCGUCUUUGACCGGAGGGAGAUGGUUUUGGGUUUGUCUCUCUGCCCUCCGGGGCCUCACGUCUUCCUGCUGGUGAUCCGUGUGGACAGAGCCUUCACCGAAACCUACAGGAGGGCGGUGCAGGAGCACGUCCGGCUGAUCAGCGAACACAUCUGGAGUCGUGUCAUCGUGCUGUUUAGUUUCGGGGACUGGCUGGGAGGCACGAUGGUGGAGCAGUGCAUCGAGAGCGAGGGAGAGCCUCUGCAGUGGCUCGUUGAAAGAUGUGGCAACAGGUAUCACGUUCUGGACAACAAAACUAAACGGGGUGGAUUUCAAAUCAGGGAGCUGAUUGGAAAGCUUGAGGAAAUGUUGGCUGGCUGCAACGGCGGCUGGCAUUAUGAGAUAGAGAGGGAAGUGCUGGAGCAGAUGGAGGGGGAGAUGAAAAGAGAGAAGGAGAAAGCCAAAGAGAGACUGAUGAAGAAGGAGAAACAAAGGCAGAUGGCGAGGUCUCAGCUGGAUUUGCAAAACUUUUCAACAGAGAAGCUCAAGCCCCUUCCCGAACUGAGAAUUGUGCUUGUUGGUGGCAGAAAAACAGGCAAGAGCUCAUGUGGAAACACCAUCCUGGGUAGGGAGUGCUUCCACGCAGACACACAAACCACCGCCUGCUCUGAACAGCGAACCACAAUCAGCGGCAAGACGGUGGCAGUGCUGGACACGCCAGGCUGCUUCUCCGUGACCUCCGACCUCCUCGUGCCAUCCUGCGCUCUCCUCCUGGUUGUCAAUGUGAGCUCCUCAUUCAAAGACAGCCACAUGGAGGCCGUGGAGAAACAGCUGGAGGCAGCAGGAGGCCAGAUGUGGAGGAGAGCUGUGGUCCUGUUCAGCUACGGCGACUGCCUGGGCGACACGAGCAUCGAGCAGCGCAUUGAGAGCGAAGGUGGACCCCUGCAGAGGCUGGUUGAGAAGUGCGGGAACAGAUAUCACGUCCUGGACAACAAACACCAGGAGGAUGGAGCUCAGGUCGACCAGCUAAUCGGGCUGAUAGAGGAGAUGCUGGCGGACGAAAUGCUGGAUGUUCUUCACAUGUGGAGGAGCGUUUCUUCAGCAGGAGAGCAGCAGCCGGUGAUGCUCUGCGAAAGGGAUUUAAAGGUGCUGACGAGCCACAGACAUCGGCUGUCCAGUGACUUGACCGAAUCAGCCAAUUCCACUGCUCAGGCUUCACUAAGCAGCUCAGAAAAUGGUGGCCGGAUUGUGGCACUGCCAGCCAGAAGACCAGGAGGACGGGCUGGACUCACCAUCCUGGACAGAGGCAGCGUCAUGUCCUGUUUGGCCUCCAUGCUCUCUGGCAAACAGAGACAGAGGUGGACCAUAAAUCUACCCGUCUGGUUCCCCACUGAUCUGGCUGAUCUUCACCUGAGACCGAACGGUGAAAACCAGCUGCAACUGUUCCUAUCCAGACUCCCAGUUUUACCUGAAACACAACGCAGGAAGCCUGCAGAGGAGAACGUUGUCAGUGUGAAUACCCUCUGCUGUCCCCCACUGAGAGAGCGAACCCUCAGGAGGCUCAGUGAGUCCGGAGAUCUGCAGGCCCUGAUCGACCAGUGGGACCACAGCAGCCUGGAGGAGCUGGAAGCCUUCAUCGACUCGUACUUUGAGAUGGUUUGGGAGCAAACCAUGGGGUCGUUUCAGUCGACAGAAGCCGACCUUCACACCACAGAGCAGCAUGCUGUCGUCGAGGAGGAGGUGCUCUCAUCCAUCGACAGGAAACUGUCAAAGCUGGAGCUCCUUGAUGAAAUCAGGAGGGAUCUGGCCGAGCUCAGGAUGAGUUUGGCGCACACCUGGAAGGUCAUACAGGAAGUGAGAGAGCAAAGUAAACAAGAUCAUAACCAGUGUUGACAAAAGUUUAGUAAAUUAUGUAAACGUUAGUGUUUUAUUGACUGAUUAAUGUAAACAUUACUGUCUUUGACAUUACUGUCUUUUGUUAGGACAUUUCUCCACAAGGGGGCGCUCUUGUAUAAGAAAAGGUUCUUCAUAUGACGUGACCACCGAAACGUCACACUUCUGCAGGUGUGGUACAAGUACUCAGAUCUCUAACUUAAGUAAAAGUAGCGAUAACACACAGGAGAAGUACUCUGUUACAAGUUAAAGUCAUGAAUUCAAAAUUUAAGUAAAUGUAGAAAAGUGUACUUUUUACCAAAAGUAAAAGUAUUCAUUAUGUAGAAGGACCCAUUUCAGAAUAAUUUAUGUUUUUGGAUUAUAUUUAUUGAUGCAUUGGUAUGUUCAGCUUGUAAAGGUGGGGAUAAUUUUACAUUUUUAAAUAAAGUCUUAAAGGAACAUAUUGUAGUUUAUUUG